CAUUCAAAUGCACAGGGGGCCGAACCGACAGAGUACAAAGUCGUCUACUGAUCUAAGAUUUAUAUAUACUUCGACUUUGAAAACCAUAAAUAGUACUUUGCCAUGGAUACAAAAAUAUACGAUGUUGCAGUGAUCGGCAGUGGCAUAUCUGGCCUAGCAACAGCCAAGUGUCUGCUUGAUGAUCAGUUUGACAUUGUAGUGUAUGAAAAGACAAGUGGAAUUGGUGGGCUAUGGCAUUUUAGGGAAGAUGCAUAUGGAGUGAUGAGAUUUACUCACAUAAAUGUUUCAAAGUACAACUACUGCUUCUCUGACUACCCAUUCCCUGACGAUGUCCCAGACUACCCCCACCAUUCGCACAUGCUCAAGUAUGUCCAAAGUUAUGCAGAACACUUCGACAUCUUGCGUCACAUCAGGUUUAACACCAAGGUAAUCAGCAUCAAGCACAAAAACAAUGGUCUGUGGACAGUAACCUCAGUAAUGGUCGAUAAAGAUGGCUCAGAAGUUGGCCCCUCGCAAGCUACUUUAUUUAAGUAUGUUGCCAUAGCGACAGGUCACCAUGCUAUACCAAAGGAGCCGACAUUCGAAGGACAGGAGUCAUUUAAGGGGGACAUUAUCCAUAGUAUUAGUUACAAAGAUGCUGUAACAAAUGGAUUGGUGGGCAAGCGUGUUGUAGUGGUUGGCAUUGGCAACAGUGCUGUUGACGUUGUUGUCAAUGUCGCCGAGUUGGGUGGAACCAAGCCAGUUUAUAUCAGCACUCGCUCGGGUGCUUGGAUCUUGCCAAAUCAUGUUGCGGGCUACCCCACUGACCUUUAUGCCUGUCGUGCAUUCCUCUGGUUACCAUGGCAAUUAUCAAGCUGGAUUUUUGGUUGUAUCGUCAGGUGCGUGUUUGGGAGUCCUUGGAAAUGGGGAUUGAAUCCUAAGAUGGGUGCUUUGCAAACUCAACCCACAGUUAGUCCAACCCUGGUCCAUCACAUCCAGAGAAGAAACGUCAUUGUGAAACCAAAUAUAGCAAAACUCGAGUCUGAAAAUGGGGUGUUUACAGAUGGAUCUAAAGCACAAGUUGACACUAUUGUAUGCUGUACAGGCUAUUCUAUAAGUCUGCCCUUCUUGGAUGAGAAGAUCAGAUCUGUGGUCGUAGAGGAAGGGACAAACAAGAUGAAUUUAUUCAAGAGUGUUUUUAGCCCUGACAUUGGUCCUAGCUUAGCUUUUAUUGGUUUUAUUCAGCCAGCAUCUGGGGGGCUUCUACCAGUCUCUGAGAUUCAAGCUCGUUGGUUCUCUGCUGUCUGCAAAGGAGUGGCAAAACUACCUCUAAGAAAAACCAUGCUAAAAGAUAUUAAGCAAAAAAAUUUGUACUUAGAAAAUCGUUACUUUGCAUCAUCGAGGCAUACGAUUCAAGAAGACCCCAUUAUAUAUAAUGACCAAGUGUCGGCAUAUUUUGGCGCCAAGCCUCAGUUUUGGCGCAAUCCUUCACUUGCAUGGAAUCUUCUUAUUGGUAGUUGUGGAGCUGCACAGUGGAGACUGCAGGGACCCCACAAGUGGGUACAUGCAAAGAAGGUUGUUAAGAGUACCCCAAUGACUCCCAUGAUGCAAUGCUUUGGGUUUCUUCUAUUGUUAAUCCCAGCUGUCUUGGUGUCUAUCGUUGUUUGUAGAAUUUGGUGUUAUUAACAAAAGCAGCUAGGUAAAUAGAGUGCCACGGCAUAUAUCAGUGCAAAAUAACUGUUAUGAAUGUUGCGUUCUGAUUGGCUUGGAGCGCGUGCUUUAUGAGAGCACAUUGCACGCGCGCGCACUUUCCGCUGCGUCAUUCCUAUCUAAA